AUGAAGAAGUUAAAAAGCGCGCUGAAGGGAAUAUGCUCCCAGCUUAAUAGCGAUAGUGAGAAGGAGAUCGAAAGAGGAUUGAGAAGCCUGUAUAGGCUGAUAAAAAAUAAUGGAAACCUUACUGAGGAAGAUUACAACGUGUGUGUGGAUAUUUUAAUCGAAAAUAACUACGUCGAUGUGAUCAUUUUUGUGUUAUCCUUAGAGGCUGCGAAAACUAAGGGAACCAAGUCAUUGCACAACAUUAAUCUGAGAUAUGUUGAAAUAAUUUUUUAUAGUUUGAAUUGGCUCCUUCGGAACAAGUUGGGGAAAACACACCCAGAUGAUGAGUGUCAAAAAAAGUUUGUCAAAUCAGAGGCCUUCCGAAAUGUAGGUCUUUUCCUUUGUGAACAAAUGAACCUUCUCGAAAUUGCAAUUUUGAACAACUUCAGUUAUAACCGAAUAUUUAUUUUAAAUGCCAUUCUGUAUCUUUUCCUUUUCCAUGAGAAGUUUCAUUUUGUUAUUCGUUCCUCCACGUUGUUAUUAAAUUUGAUUGAAUUGAAAAAGAAUCUCAAAACUGUUUCCGAGUUGAAGCGGAAAAAUGAGUUGACCCAUUUGGAGGACAGUGGGGAAGAGCUAGAUGACGUGAUUGACGACAAGGUGGAAAGGGCACAGCGGGAGAUCCUCGAUGGGGAGGAAGAUCAAAGUGUUCCAACGGAGGAUGAGUCCCUUUUGGGAGAAGCCUCACAAAAUGACGACAAGUCAGAAGAAGGGAACUCUCGUGAUACAAAGAAGGGGUGCAAGAAUCACCCCACAGAUGAUGGCCAUAUCGAAGAGGACGAAACUCUUCUUUGCAGUUACAAUUUUCAAAACGAAGUGGUACUCUUGUAUAAGCACUUACUGAACAGGGGUGCUGUAGGGGGAGUGGAAAAUGAGAGGGAAAAAAACAGGACUAUGGAAAAUUGUGAGUUUUACGCAGAAAUGCUAAUAAAGAAGAAAAACGGGAAAACGAAAAUGUUUAAUGAAAAAAUUGUAGAUAGGAAAAGGGGGAAGCAAAAAAGAAGAAAGCGAAGUAGACGUGACACAGAUGAGGCAGAUCUGAAUAGCAGAGCCGUCAGUAAGGACGAUUUCGAAGCAGUGAGAGUGUCGUUCCUAGUCAUGUGUGCAUACUGCUACUUAGAUAGCACGAGGAGCGACAAAAUACACUCCUAUUUUCACACGAUCUGUGAGGAGAUACGCAAAAUAUACUGUAGCAGUGGGGAAGCGCUACGACACUACAUUAUUCUGUGCCUUUACAAAAUUUUGGAGAAAAGUGAGACAUAUAAAAAUGUGAACGUUUUUUUUAAUGUGAUAAAAUUGGUGGGAAUUUUCUUCAAUGAUAUACAGAGUGAGAUGGACACGACGGUGUUGUUUUUUAUAAACGAGUUGUUAAAGAGAAGGAAGUUCAGCGAAAUAUACAAAAAUGGGAAGUUUAAUUGUAAUUGUAUCUUCCUUUUGAAGUGUUCGUAUGGAGAGGAGAAUGAAGAGGGGCAGGAAGAAAAGAAGGGAAAAAAAAGGUGUUCCCCAUCCAACCCUUCUCCCUCCUCAUCCUCGUAUUACCUAGCCGUAAAUUGCAACAGGAAGGUUAGGGGAGGGGAGCUAGCCAACAUGUAUGGUGAUUUGUUCGAUGGCACCACAAACAUGCAAAAUAGGAAAUACGCACAAGUGAGAAAUCAACUGUUCGUGAUGGGAAUACAAAAAAGAGACAUUCGUCGAAUCUGCCUCAUCUUCGCAAACCUAGAAAUGUAUAUAGCCACGUGCAUCAGAGAAACGAAGCAGUACUUAAUCAUGCGGCACGUGAAGGAAGAGGAGGAGGUUAUUCUGUUGAGAGAUAAGUCUUACAAUGAUGAAAAGCAAAUCCAGAAUAAAGUGAAUAAUGCUUUCCUCUCCUUCUUAACCGACUUAAAAAUAAAAUUUUUUAUUAACCAUUACAUUAUUGUAAUUAGUAUAGAAAAGUACCAGCAUUUUAUCAACCUCUACUAUGGCAGCAGCAAAGUGCACGUUUUAACAUGUGACGACAACCUUUUUUUGUUUCUGCUUCUUUUCAUUGAUGGGAGCACCAGAAGUGGUACCAACCUAGGUGAGGACAUACCCGAACUGUGCCAGGAUGAAGGGGCCAUUGCACUCGCGACAAGUGAGAGGAAGAGAAAAAUGAGCAGCGCGGUAACAAGCGAUGAGAAGGGGGACAAUUUGAGAAGGAAAAAAAAGAAACUAGAAAGAAGCAGUAGUGAGUUAGUAAACAACAACUGCGCGAACAAAUCGGGAGAAAAUCUCCCCAGCUUGCUGCAAUACAGGUAUGCGUACCAAAGUGUCAAUAACGAAGUGGUGAGAAAUACAAAUUUUUUACAGCUAUGUGGAGAGGUAAUUCAUUACAAAGUAUUUCUAGAAUUAUACGACACUGUUAAAGAGGGGCCUACAGAGAACAGUGAAGGAGCGAUAAUCGAUCGAAGGGUGGUGAUGCAAAAUGUGAAAGAAGCCAAUAAUUAUCUGCACCAUUUGGAUAACGAAUUAAAUUACAAGAAAAAAAUUGAAGAAGUUUUGUUUUUUUUCAUCCCCAUGAAUAUUACCAAGUAUAUUGUAGAAAUGUUCACCAAGAGAGAUAAGCACAACUACUACAAUUAUUUUAUUAUGUGCUACUUGCACUACACGUUCGAAAUUUACAAGUGCGUUUCCAUGUUUAUACUGUCUCUGGAUUCGUUCCUGCCCUUCCCCCAAGGGGUGAACAAAAUCGUUUUGAUGAACAGGAUAAAGGAAGACCUAUCCAUCGCUUUUUACCACCUCGUUAGUUCGUACUACCUGUUCGACAUUGCCUAUAUAAAUAGGUACAUUAUAAAUGAGAUUAAGGGGGUGCAAAAUAAUGAGGUGUGUAGGAGGGAUAGCCGUGAUAGCGGUAACCCUGGCAAAAGAAAAAAUCUGCCAAGUGCAGGCACCGCUUUGGGAGCCGACUCUCUUCACGACAGCGACUCGGAUGACUACACGUUUAACAUCGGAGCUAAGGACCAGGAAAUAGUGAAUACGAAAAGUGAAAAAAAUCAGGAAAAACGCGAACACAUCCUUCAGUUGCACUACUUCCUGAAUGACGUUCACAUAAAUACGGACAAUUUGUACGUGUACCAUUUUGUGCUAGUGACGAAUUUUAUCAACCUCUUCGACGAUUGUGAGUUGAAGAAAAAAUUAUUAAAUGAACUGUACAGUCAGAAGAGAAUUAUAGAAGUAAGAAACUUUGAAUUGUUUGCAAAUGUUAACGAGAAUGUGUACAAGAUAUUCCUUAAGUUGUUUUUUGAGAAAUGUUAUUUCCCCCUCGAAAGUUACCAUUUGUUGGAUAAUUUGUUCCCCAUUUUGACGUACUACAAGAAGAGGGUGCUUUCAUCACACGAAGAAUGCGCGUCAGAUGUGCAGUUGGUUUUUUACUCCUUCGUGGAGACCCUUAUACACAAAAUGCUGAAGAAGACGAAAUUUUUCGACUCCUCUCAUGUGGAUGAUGUGCUUUUGUUUUUGAAUUUUUUGAGGGCCAUUCGUAGCUUGCGCCAGUUCGUUGUUGCACUGUCCGUUUUUUGCCGCCUUUUUAACUUGCACAGAAGUAGAGCAGUGCACCUCGACAGGGACGCACCUAAUGAAGUGGCCAAGGAAGUUUCCAUCGAAGCGGUGGAGAAAAAUAAAAACGAAUUCCAAAAGGAGAACCCGCUUAGGAGCGAAGCCUCCCCCUUUUUCAGGCUCCUAGUAGAGCUGUUCUUCACGAGCAACCUGAACUUCGAUUUGAAGGGAAUACCAAUUAUGAAGGUCAUUAAGGAGGAGAAGCAGACUAAGGGAGGAGCCAACGAUGUGUUCGAUUACACCCUCGAGGACAUCGUACAGGUGUAUGUAAACUACCUGGAUUAUGUAAAAUAUGUUUUGCUGUUGAACCCCUAUGUUUAUCCUAGCGUGAGAGAAAAGUUAAAGAAUCAGAGAAGCUUAGGCGAACUGUUUUGUGCCUUUACGAGGAAGAAGGACUUUUUACAAACUGGGGACAACCUCUGUGAUAGCCAAAGGGGGGGAAGUACACCCAACAACACCACCGCGUUUAAUCCACGGAGUGAGAAACAACAAUCUGGUGUAACCAACAUGGUGGAAGGGUCCGAAGAAAAAGUAGCAUAUCAGAACGAAUCGAACAAGCAGAAGACUGCUUUUGUCAGUUUUGCAACAUUUUUACAAAGCGUAGAUUCCUUUUUAUGGCAAAUUGAGAAGGUUCAAAUGGGGCAGAAAAAUUUAGCAGAGUACCAGGAAGAAAUAAAACAGCUCUGCAGUGAGGUACACAAAAAGGGUGUCACUAACGAGGCAAGUAAUAAUAAAAGUAGUUCCUUUUUUUUUGUGCAAAAAAGUGGUAAACCUGAGAUUGAUAAGGACAUUCCAAACGGGGGAGAAAACGUGUUGGAGAUUUAUUUGCAACAUAAUAACGUUACGUUUUAUUACACCAGCGUAGAUAACCUGGAGGGGACGAAGAAAAAAUGUGAAGAACGAGAACUGCUGCUUUACAACCUGUGCAAUGUUAGCACUCUCAUAGUUAAUUAUUUCUUCAUCACUUAUGUGUACCUAAAUGGUGACGGUAAUGUUCACUCCAACACGCUAUUGCAUUUGAUUGACAAAAUCAGCAAAACGCUGGAGGUGUUCCUUGCCCUAAGUGCCACUGUAAAUACAAAGAUUCAUACAUUUGUAGAACACAUGAGAAGGUACGAAGAUGUUAAGAAUGUAAUCGCUAGUUGUGGAAGUAGAAAAGAACAAGGGGACUCAAAAUAUGACGCAAAUAAUUUCUUUCAAAAGGUGCGUAAUUUAAGUAGGUCCAUGUGUUCUUUAUUUGUUCAUAUUUUUAAAAAUGGAUUAUUUGUAAAGUUAUUGGAUCAUUUGCAGAAGGGAUUUAAAACGAAUCGUGUCAUUGUUCACCACUUCGCGCAUCUUAUCCUGUGUUAUGUGCAUAAAAGCAUCCAACUGUUUAAUCUAAAAAGGGAGAAGUAUAAGAGGCCGGUGGGGGAGAGCCUUGUUCGUUUGAUCCAUAUCAUUGCGGAACAGGACACACACAAGGAGGACGAAGAAAUUAAGGGGAAAUUAUCCCUCAUGAUUCUGUCCUUGCUGCAGAUGUUAGAUGCGAAGGAAUGCUUUAUGAAGAAGUUAAUAGUGGGAUACACUUCCUCUAAGGGUGACAGUAACCAAACUGACAAUGAUCCAAAUGGGGGGGAGGCAGCCAUGGGGAGCUGCAGAUCUUUUCUUCUAAAACAUAUCACUCUCUUUUUCGUCAACCGUAUGCGUAUCGAAAAGGAGAGAAACGGUUUCAAGGGUGGACUAAAAAAUGGCAUGAAAAGCAUGCACCGAAGCGGUGCCAACACGGUUCCCCUACUAAUUGACACCAUCACGCGAGACAAACAUUUGGAAGGCGAAACGAGCGCCAUCCUAAAUGAGCUGUGCAAGUUGUACGUUAAGAAAUGGUACGGUGAUAGCGGCUGCCCGCUGAGUUGCGCCAUUGUGGAAAGAGUUAUUCGUCACGGCAUCAGAGGGGGGGGAAAUGGCACUUCCGAUAGAAGCAUCACCCAACAUUGCUUCUUUCGGGGUAUCAAAAACGAGCGAACACAUUUGCAACGGUAUGGGGAUGUAGAGAGAGAAGUAGAAGCGCACGUCCUGCAGAACUACGUGGCCCUUUUCGAUUUGAAGGCCCUGCCAGAGGAAGCAGCCUGUAACAACACCAAGGAGAAUGACAUUUUUAUGAUUUUUCUUUACUUGAUGGAAAAUAAGUACACCCCUCCGCUGUUUGACCAAAUUGAUAUGCACUGUUUAGAGAGCGUAACGCACGAAGAAGUAUUUAAGCUGCCUCGAAAAAAUUUCUCAGCCAUGCUAGCCGAAAUUUAUUUGAAAAAAUUUGCACUCGCAUACAAAUCUGUUUAUAGAAGGAGAAACAGAAUUAGCUUUCUGUUGUUAAGCACGAAGAAGGCGAAAAAUAAAAAUUGCCUAUUUAUAGGCAUAUCGGUUUUGUACUUUUUGGGAAACAUGCUAAGUAGAAAAGAGCGAAUGCGACAACUGCUUCGAGAGUACGGCAAAGACGCCGUGAGGAGAAUAUGCGAAGUCGCAUUCUUCUACUUUUAUGGCUACUUUUACAAAAAUGACAUUCCCAAGGGUGAGUGUAUGAUGAGGUGCUACGAGAGAGUCACGUUUUUUGUCUUCAAAGGGGUUUUGAAAGGCUUGAAAAGGGGCGGCGGAGAAGAAGAAGAAGAAGGAGGGGGGCGUAGAAAUAGUGGAGGUAGUGCCCCUUCAGGGAACCAAAACGGGUGUGUCAGAAAUCCCGAAGGUGGUCGCGAAGAUUGGAGGGUAAUAAAUUCUGUGAAAAUGAGCAAUCACUCCACCCAACAUGGUAAUAACAACGCCGUUAAGCAUGGAGGAUAUAGUGGCGACACGAUACAUAAGGAGAGUUUCACAAAAGGUACGUUAAGGAGAAGAAGAAACGAUCACUGCAUUUUGCUAGUUCUACUUUUUCAAAUGCUGAACCAGAAUGUGGGGAAAUUUAAGCUGGAAAGGAUGGUGAGUGACCAUCUUUGCGAUCUGCUAACUGACUUAGCGUUCUGUGCAAAAGGGAAGAAAAAUCAUUUUUACUAUGAAAAUGCAAUGAAGGGCUACAUGUACAUUUUUAGUGAGCACGACGUGGGUGAGCUGAAAAAGGGCAAAAAAUUGUACGUCGUUUUUUACGCCUUCUUUUUGCUUCUCAAAUAUGUGAAGUUAAGAAACUUGGAUGUGCUAAUGUUGGUCGAGACUUUUUUCAGAGAUGCCCAUGUAGGGAGGCUGAUUGUGCAGCAGUUGGAAGCGUUUAGGGGCAAACGAGGGGUUGGGAAAACCACCCAUGGGGGAAGCCAUGAUGAGUGUGAUGAUGAACGCGGUGAUGAGCGCAGUGGUGGGUACAAUGAUGAGUGCAGUGGUGGAUGCCAUGGCGGAAGCAAGAACGCCCUCCUGUUCAUCCUAAAAGUGGUAAAAAUAUUCUACGAAGAAUGGUAUGACCAGAGCAGAGAGAAGGCACCGCAAACGCAAGCCAUAUGUUUGAAAACGCUAAACAGGGAUCUAUUCAACGGACUGAAGAAAGCGUACAGUUACACCCUCGAAAGUGUGGAUGUGCACAUAAGAAACAUUUUCUUCGUUGACAUUUCGCAUUAUUUGAAGUCAGUCACGAUGGAGAGCAUCCUGGACAAUAAGCUAAUCGAUGAAGUGUUGAAAUUUAAAGAAUUUAAUUUAAAUAAUGAUGGUAGCUACGAUUGGCUGAAUAUGAACACGAGUAUGCUGAAUAAGACGUGCCUCUACUUUUAUAUGAAUGAAAAUGUGCGCAGGAAGUUGGAAAGUGGGGAGAACCACUUUUUGUUUUAUUUGCACAUGAACAGAUCAGGGCAGAGCGAAUGUUGCGAGAGGGAAGUUUACCCGUCGGGGGAGGAACUUAACCACGACGCGUUACGCAACGAUGGUGUAAAUAGUCCCAGUUGUGUCCUGUCGGAUGACCAACAGUUACGUAUGCAAAAAGGACUCCACAGUGAUUACUACCAAACGGAUUGGAAGAUGAAAAAAGGGGAACUCCUGCUGAAGCUUUACAGAACGAAACUCCCUCAUUGCAUAAUGAGCCAAAAUGAAUAUAUCAAAAGGGAAGCCUUUUUUUUAGCACAUAGAAUAAAGUUGGAAGAUAAUAUUUAUGAUUACCUUUUUUACUGUGCUUAAAUGCAGGAGAUUAACAGGAAGAUAAAGAACUACAUAAGGAAGUACCCAGAUAUUCAUUUCUAUAUAGACUAUGACAACAACGAGGAUGAGGAAAGAGGAGGGUCACACGACGGGGGCAACCUGGUUGGCGGUGGUCUGGGGGAUUUCUCCCGUACAUAUCAUGGCAACAAUGGUGAAACGGAUCCACACAACAGUUAUAACGGAGGGAUGCAUCGGACGAACGAACACACAAAGAGAGGCUUCCCCUUUGGAAGUUCCAACAAACUUAUCUCGUACGAUGAAGAAAAGGAACACUUUUACCAUUUGAAGAAGAACGAGAAAAAUAAUAGCAACUGCAAGUUUUGUAUCAAAUUUAAACAAAUUCACAGCGUGCACAGAUCCACAAGAAUUUUAGAUCUACUGGACAAGGAAGAAAAAACGAAUAUCAAAAAUAUGAUUUACUAUGGAAAGACCAUUCGAACGAGCAUUUUUAUGAGCAGCCCGUAUGAAGGUAACGCGUAUAAGAAUUGCAGCACAUUUAGGGAGGAACCCCAGGAGGGAGUUGAUGGGGACAUUGCAGAGGAGGUUUUUCAAAAUGGGGCGAGCGACAAGGGAGAUGGGGAUAACAAACAGAAUGGUGUUGGCAAUGAGAGUGCCGAUGAUGGAAGUGCUGACCCGGAAAACUCCUUCAAUGAGAACGGUCAUCAUGACGAUCAGCAGAACGGGGUCGAGGGAUACUACACAACAAGGAGCGCCACGCAGAAGGAGAAAACUGGCGCAAAAGGGAAACUGGCAAAAAUGAAGAAGAAUCCCCCCCCCAGCAGUAGCAUCAACACAGACUGUAUAGUCGACAGUAGCGAUCUACUGUACGGAAGAAAAAUGAAAGAAAUUCAUUUUAAAAAGAAUUACAAAAAGUUGCUAAAGAAAUACCUUCUUAACGAUAUUGACUUUUUUGGGAAGUGGAUAAAAAUAUUUUCCAUGAAUGCAUUGAAAAUUUUAAUAUUCUGUUUGAGUAGUAACGACAUCAUAGUGAGGAUGAUUAGCAUAAAGGGGCUGUCCAUAUUUUACCAGUUGAUUGAGAAUUCUUUUGUUCUCUAUAAAAUUAGGAAGCGAUUAAAUUCGUUUAGGAGAUCUAGCGGAGCGAAUAGGCAGGAGGAAGAAGCAGGUCACGGCGUGAUAUGGAAAAAUAGUUUUUCGCAAAGGUACCACAAUAGUGGCAGUAGUAUACACAACAGUGGGGGCCGAAAAAAGAAGCAACGGAUGCUGGUAAUUCCCUUCAAGGAACUGUUUUAUUUGUUCUUCUUUAUGAAGAAAUUAAAAUAUUCAGUAGACCCCAAUUCGUACUACAUAAACCCCUGUGUGUCGACCUACUCCUUUUUUUUAAUAAACGAAAUUUACAAGAAAAAUUGCUUCAGGGAUACUCUGAAGAACCUAAUUAGGAACAAAACCUUUUCGAUUCAUUUUUUCCACGCGUAUUUGAAUAACCAAUUUAGGAAGACGAAUUUUAUGUCACUUAAUGUCAUCAACUUUUUGAUCAUUUCGACGCAGGCGCUUUUCUCCACGAGGUACAACUUGAGGGGAAGCGGCCGGGAGAUCGAGGGUGAAGGCAGCGAAAAUUAUGAUGAAGAAUACGCGGACCACCAGCAGGAGGGCGGCCAAAACUAUGAUGAAGAAUAUGCGAACUACCAACGGGGAAGCGGCCAAGAAUAUAACGGAUCAUACGCAUCUCACAAAGCAUAUGGAGAAUCCACAUUGCAGCAGCAUGAUGAGGGCUAUUCCACCCGAAAUGCAAAUUACACAACCGCGUAUAAUCAGAAUGGCGACUAUAUAGAUGACAACGCGUACAAUGGUAAUGCAACACACGCGCAACGGAAAAGUAACACCAUCGAUAGGAGCUUCUUCGCAACGUCCAACGUCAGCCACAGAAUGGUUUACGAUUUUCAAAAUGAGGAUGACGAUGUGGAAGAAGAGAAUGAGAAGAGAAACAGAGUUACCAACAAAGAGGAGGAAGAAGAAACUGUGGAUAAACUGCAGUACAUUCAGGGGAAUCAUAAAAAUGCAAUAAAAACGAUUCUGAACAUAUUAAAUAAAAAUAACAUUUUCGAGAUUUACCUGACAAUGUUUUUUAGUAAUUAUCUGAACUACAAUUUGUUGAAGAAGUUUUUAAUUCUGCUAGUCAUGUGUAGUGGCGUGUUGCCCCUCGAGGAUAUGCAGUUUGACUGCAUGGGGGUUGGUGACGCGGAGGAGAGGAGGCGCAACGGAGGUAGUGAUGGCAACGCGGAUGAGCAGAAUGGUAAUGGCCACGUAUACUAUGAUGAAAUCCGCGCACAGGAGAACGCAGCCAAUGGGACGAACGGGGCGAAAGGGGCCAGCGGUACGGACCAGAACAACUGCGAUGUGGCCUACUACGUCAAAAACAACCUCGUGCUGAAACUGAUAACCAGGAACAACAUCCUUCUAUGGCUAGAUCGAAUGAUGCAUCAGAAGUUGUUCCAAGACGAAAUAGCGUUUUAUUACCCCACCUCCUUUACGAUGCCGGUGAUAAAUUUUUACGACACGGAUGGCCAAAAUGAGAAGAUUUACGUGAGCAGCGUGAACGUUGAAGUGAGUUUCUCAGGAGGUAAAGGCGAGGAAGAAGUGGCCUCUUUUGGAAGAUGGGAUCCCUGUUAUACGUCCAAUAAGAAGGAAUCAUUUGUGAAGAAGGGAAUACACAAAAGUGAGUCAGAAGAAGGAGGAUCGAUAACUGAAGAGCCAAAAAACGAAACAGGGAAAAUAAAAGCACAACAAAAUGACAACAAAAGCAGCAGGGAGAAGGAUGAACCCCUUACCGUUGUGCUCUCCAACCAAACGUACAUAGAAAAAAUAACAAAAAAUCGCUAUAUAAUGGGCUACAUUUUUAAAGAGAGCUACGAAAAAACGUCUGAAAUAUUCUUUUACCUCUCACUCUUUUGUGGACUACAGCCAUAUAUUUACAAAUGCGCUUCUGAAAAAGGAAAAAAAAUAAAAAGAUUUAUACUAAAUAACGCACAAAAGGUGAUCAACCAAAAAGGGGAACCAAGUAAAGGUAACCCAUUCGAGUUGUGGAAUUUCUGGUACAGCAAUUUCCACAAAUACAUUUCUCUUAAAGUUAGAAGUACUUUCAUUAUAAGGAAGGAAGCAAGCAAAUUGAAAAGAUCGAAUUUAAAUAUCUUCUCAGACUUGAUAAAAAUUAUAAAAAAUUUGAAUAGGAGUUUGUAUUACAUUUUUAUCAACCUGUUUCAUAUGGAAUAUUUUAACCUUUUCAUUAAUGUAAAGAAUCAAGGGGAUAGAAAGGAGAGUGCGAAGCAGAGAGGGAAAAACCAAACUGCAGAUCAUACAACAAACAUUAGAGAAAUGAAAAAAACUAAUUUGAAGACAUGUAGAACCUUUGUAAAGUACAUAUUUCUUAUGUUCAAUAAUUUAUUUAGCAUUUGUACAAGUUUGUUCGACCGGGGAAUUCCAAACGGGGAGUUCGCGCAGAAUUCCAUUUCGACCAAAGUGGUGGUAGAAGAGUCCUUUUUAAAUGAAGAUCUAAGUUUUGUGCUCAACGAGGUGAUGAUUUUUCUCGAAAAUGUUGUAGUCCUUCAUAGCUACUUUAGUUCGUUUGGCUUGAAAAAACCAUCUGUGGAGAAGAACCAUUGGGAAAAUAAGCAACAUCGAAAGGGAAGAAGAAGGGCCAUAGAAAGUUACCACAUAGAUAUACACAACACGCUGCUGAAAAGGACACACGCAACAUCCCCAAACAGAUCAAACUAUGCGUACUACCGAAAAAUAAUCCAGCUGGUUUUGCACAUGCUACGUAAAAAAUGCUACAAUGAAAAUAAGCACUUUGGUUAUAUCUUCCUAAAUAAGCUAAUUACAGUUUACCAUUUUUUGGAAGGCACCAGCAGAGCAAAGGUAUAUUUGUACAUAUAUGAGUUGUUGAGAAUGACUAAGAGGACCCCCCUGGAGUCUUUGCUAAAUCAGGUCCUUUGA